UAAAAAUUUGCUUCUUUUAAAUAUAUAUGUAUAUAUAAAGAUAGUCAAUUUGAUUUCGUAUUUGGCGAUGAUUGUGUGUGAGAAAGAGCGCGUGCUUAUUAUUUGCAGGAAGAGAAAGAGGAAGAGACAGUGUGUGAGAGAGAUUUAUUAAGAGAGGAUCUUUGUGAGGGUGCUCUGGUUUUGAGUGUGUUAAAGAUUUCGACGAUUUCUCAUUUCUCAGCUCAAGCUCUUCCAUUUCGCUAUGGAACGGAAGCUAGUGGUUUUGGGAAUCCCGUGGGAGGUGGACACUGAAGGUUUGAGGGAAUAUAUGAGUAAAUAUGGUGAUUUGGAAGAUUGUAUUGUCAUGAAGGAGCGGUCCACAGGCCGAUCUCGUGGUUUUGGUUAUGUGACAUUUGCAUCUGCUGAUGAUGCUAGGCGUGUGCUAUCCAGAGAGCAUUUUCUUGGGGAGAGAAUGCUGGAAGUUAAAAUAGCUACUCCAAAGGAGGAGAUGAGAGCACCUGUAAAGAAAGUAACCAGGAUAUUUGUGGCCAGAAUUCCACCGUCUGUUGAUGAAUCAACCUUUCGGAGUCAUUUUGGGGAGUAUGGUGAGAUAACAGAUUUAUACAUGCCAAAGGAUCAAGUCUCAAAAGCACACCGUGGAAUUGGCUUUAUCACCUUUGCUAGUGCAGGUUCUGUGGAGAAUCUGAUGGCUGAUACUCAUGAACUAGGAGGUGCUACGGUAGUAGUUGAUCGAGCAACACCCAAGGAAGAUGAUUUCAAGCCUGCAGUCCGAAUGUCACAGGGGGGAUAUGGUGCAUAUGAUGCUUACAUUUCUGCUUCGACUAGAUAUGCUGCAGUUGGUGCUCCUACCUUGUAUGACCAUCCUGGCCCAAUGUAUGGAAGAGGGGAGUCCAGUCGUGGGAUGGGAAAAAAGAUAUUUGUUGGCAGGCUUCCCCAGGAGGCUACUAUUGAUGAUCUGCGCCAGUAUUUUAGUAGAUUUGGUCGAGUAGUAGAUGUUUAUAUUCCCAAGGACCCCAAAAGAUCUGGUCAUCGAGGUUUUGGUUUUGUAACUUUUGCUGACGAAGGAGUUGCAGACAGAGUAUCUCGUAGGUCUCACGAGAUUUGUGGACAACAGGUGGCAAUAGAUUCAGCAACGCCUGUUGAUGACGUUGGCCCUAGUUUCAUGAUGAAUCCUAUUGGACCAUUUAGAGGUUUUGGUGGUCCAAUUCGCCCCUUCGGUAGGAUGUAUGGUGGCAUGCAUUUUGAUGAUUGGGGUUAUGCCUUUGGGAGUACAAGGCCAUCAAGAGCAGACUGGCGGUACCGGCCAUACUAAGUGGCCUUGGAAUAGCUUCGAAAUUCUUCCUCGGAUGUCAACUGUUGAACUAUCUCGAUUACUACCCUGAUAUCAUCGUCAGUAAUUCUGAUUAUAAAACCAUGUCAUGUGAGCUAUGCUUUUCAUGUGUAGCAAAUAUUCAAAUUUAAUUAUCUAAUUAAUGUUAAAAAUCGUGUGGUA